AUUGGUGGUAAAAUUGAUUUGGUAAAGAUAUGGUUGAAUGUCCCUCUUAAAUGUCCUUUUUACAGAUAUGUUUCCUUUCUGGGUGAUUUUGAUGGCAGUAAUCUGUAAUGACAUCGUUCUUCCUGUUAACAUUUUCUUUUCAUGAACUGUAGGUUGUGAUAUUGAUCUUCUAAAAGGGUUGGCCAAGAUGUUUCCUUUCAUCAUGUUAGCAACAGAAUCAGUUAAGGAUGAUAUGGAAAUAGUCAAUCAUUAUUUACUGAGACUUCAAAGGGUGAUUCCGGAUAAGAUUAUGCUGAGAGCUGGAAAUAGCUCAUGGAUAAUUGAUGUAUCACAUUGUGAAGGACAUUUGGUCCUUUUCUCUGGUGAUGGUUGGGAAGCUUUUGUGCAAGAAAGCAAAUUGGCUCCAGGAGAUGUAAUCCUUUUCAAGUCCAAGACAGCACAAGAAAUUGAAGUUUCUGUGUUUGAUCAGUACUCGCGUUUCCUGAAAUUUCCAGGUAACAAGGAUCAAUCAAGAGCAGUGGAGUUCUGUUUGAAGUUGGCUAAUGGCUAUGAGCUAAUAACUGAACUUCCCGGAAACAUACAUUUGAGAGACAUUUAUGGAACUAUGUGUAAAGUGUUGCUGAAGACUUGGAAAGGAGAAUUUCAAGCUAAAAUGAAAAUAGGCAAUCGAGGGACCAGCUUUUUCAUAGGUUCUGGAUGGGAAAAAGUUUGUCAGGAGCACCAAAUCGACGUGACCAGUCUUAUAGUCGUUCGACAAACAGAAAGGUUCAAGUAUGACAUUGUUGCCUGUAAGAUGUUAGAAUGCUCUGGCCACAUUGUAUGGGUGGAAAGAUUUAUAGGGGAAUACCCAACUGAUGCAGUACCCAUCCGGAUGUAUCCAGAUAUCAAGAAAAGGCCAGGCUUCUUUGCAAGGGAAAAUAUGAGAAGAAAUGGCAUCCAGUUCGAACUUCUGAUUCAGAAGCACCAUGAUCGCAACUACAUGACUGUUCCAUCCUCCUUUAUAAAUCUGUUCGACUUGCGCAAGAAGAAAUAUGUGAUUCUGUGCACGAAGAAAGGCAGGUUUGAGAUGCAGAUAAAGAAUUUUCCAAACAUCAGGCUAGUACAGACUAAACAUGUGGUCUUGCGCAAUGGUUGGUGGAACUUCUACAAGAAGAACAGGCUGAAAGAAGGCUGUGUAUGUGUGUUCAAGCUGAAUGGACUCGAUCAUCAGAAUACAUCUUUGAAAUGUGUGAUGGAUGUAGUGAUACAUCGGCCUUAAGGUUAAUUGUUUACCCAAGUGUUAACAGAAUCAUCAGAUGAAUGUAAUCAUAUAUCGGCUUUAAGGUUGAUUGUUUACUUUAGUGGAAACAGAAUCAUCAGAUCGAAGGCAAAACGGUAUGAUUCCUUGACUUGCUAGUUUGAUGUUCAGAUUACGUUUUUAAAUCAGCUGCAACCACUUCAGAUGGUUUAGUGAUGCAUAAUUUCCUGUGGCUUUUUACACACCAGCUUCUAUAUUUAGAGUGAUCCUCGUGUUCUAAACUUGUUAAUCUUAUGGUCUUGUUCAAAGAGGAAAAGCUUCUAGUGAUUCUCUUUUCAAAU